AUCAUACUCAAAAACAGACAGAUAAAAGAAGACAUGAUUGUUUCAACAAAGCUAAUAUUUUAACUUCUGGUAAACAUGAACUUAUUAUUAAAAAUAUGUUUGUUAAUAUUUUCCUUUUCCAAAUUGUGCCACUGCGAAAACUCUAGUCAAUUUCUAAUCCACAAGAUCAGAGAAGACUUUUUAAUUUUGGAAGAUGAGCUUUGGAGCAUUGUUCUUAACGAGAAAGACAAACGUGGAGAUGAUGCGAUGUACAUCGUCAAGAAGUUUCAUGAGUUUGACCAGGAAGUCCAGCAAUUACCACAAGAUAUUCUAUAUGGAAUGCAAGUUCCAAGAAAAUCACAAUAUUUUCUACAAUUCUUUUCUGAUAUACGAGUGAUCUACGAUUUAUAUGACAAAUUUAGAAGAUCUCAAAAAGAAUUUUUGGCUCCUGAUAAGGAAGACGAAGAAGUAGAUGACCUAGUCGAAGAAUAUCAAAAGAAGAUAAACAUGUUGGCGCUUGUCCAUGACAUUCUCCACGACGAAAAGAAUAACGUCAAUAAAACGAUUUUGUCCAUCCAAUCUCAGAUAAAAGCAUUGUUGUUUGAUGUAGAUGAUAUCUAUGAUUUGUGUCAAUAUCCACAUCAAUCUGCUCAACAGAUAUUUUACAACUUUUACAAUUUAGUGGCUUUGGCGCAACUGAAAGCAUACAUGUUAUCCCAGUUUGCGCUUUUGGCACACAGGACAGACGAUAUAGGCAAUUUCAGUGAUGUGUCACUGCUAGCAAGAAAACAGUACCAAGAGCAUAGUGAAUCUUUAUUUAACUCUUUUAAGAACAGAUUGAAAUAUCAAUCCAGGAAAUUGUAUCGAUGUGAUCCAAAAUAUCAUGUAGAAGGAAAAACUUAUGAACAAUUAACAAGGCUCAUACAGGCGCAUAUUCAAAACGAGGUUGACUUAAAUUCAAGAGGUACUUGUACGGAAAAUUGCGCUGCGUAUCCGCGCACACGCAGUUAUGGAUGUUACGAUACCAAUAGUGACUACUGCCGUUAUGUCCAACGAUGCAGAGGCGAUAUAUAUAAUUGUCAAUUCAUAGAGUCUAAUUUAAUAACCUGUGAUGGAGAAUCCGGCAGUCACAGAAGAUAUACUUACAUAAAAUAUAAUGGAGGUAGAGUAUUGGGAAAAACAGAAUACUGUGCCAAACGGACGGUCCAGAGUUGGACGAGGUGGUUCGUUCGCUGUCAUUACUGCUUAUGUUAUUGCGAUGAACCAGGUCUUGACUCAGAUAGAUACUUUAGUCUACGACCUUCCAUAGCCGAUUUAAACGAUAACUGGGUAGUAACGGGAAUGCGAUUUGUCAAACAAAAUCGUAUGAUUCAUAUUCAAAUUCAGCAGGGCUUGCUAUUGCCCUACGGGUAUAUUGAACAAAACAGCGUACGUUGGAAGCCGGUAAGUGACUUUUCUAUACAGAGUUGGAAUGCUAACGAAGGUGAAGAUUAUCAUAUGAUGAAAUAUCUAAAGAGCACCAUGAAUUUGGACCAAUUAAGCGUUCCGAAUCAGAACUAUGUUAUUACAGGUGCAAGAUUUGUUUUAAAUUAUAACGACGAGAUUCAAUUACAAAUACAGGUGACACCCUUUAACUUUACAUCUGGUAAAUUAAAUAGGGCCAAAUCUAGAAAUAUCGAUAAUGGAUACGGUUACAGAAGCAAAAUUGCGAUGAAUAAUCUACGUGUCCCAACGUUUUCACCUCAAUCGACUAAAUAUUACAUGAAUGACGUUUAUUCGACAUCUGUUGAAUUUACACACACGGAUUUGAACGAGGAUGCAGCUCAAACUACGAUCCCUUUUAUAGACAUUCAACCAGUCUAUUCUGACGUUGCGGUACCCUUACAAUCAGCUGGUCUUUAUUACAAAACGAGUCCGACAUACGGGGGAUUUGUUGGUAUUAACCUGCAGACUUAUGAUUAUUUGGACCUAUAUAACUUUAAUUUCCCCAAACAUAAAAACAGAAACGAUGAUACAAGAGAAAAUUUGGUGGAGUUAGUACAUUAGAAUUUGGAGUGUCAUGUCAUGACGUUAUGUAGGGGAAAUAUGCCUAUGAUGGACUCCUUAACACGUUCGCUACUAAGAUCUUAAAAUUUUGGACAUUGAGGGACCACAAUUUUUUUUUAUUAUUUUAAAAUAAAAUUAUUUUAAUUGUGCUGUGAAUCAAUGUAGUAAAUAACAGAUGCAGAAAAAAGACAUUUGAAAGGAUUUUUGAAAUAUAUGAGACACUGGUCUAUUAUAUGAAUUUUUCUUUGAUAGACUAUGUGUCUCACUUAUGAGCGACUCCAAGAAUAAUAAUUUCGACUGAUUUUUUUUAUUUUUAAUUUCUGUUGCUACAAAACGAGCAUACAUAAUGUUAAAAAGAAAUUAGAUCUUCGAUUCGUGAUAUUAACGAAAACAAGGGUCUACACAAAGUCUAACGGUUUCUCCAUAUUUGUCUGCACAAACAAAGUACGUUUGAGUUGUCUUCUUUUUUGAAGAGCAAACACGACAUCUUUUCCUCUUCCCCACCUUCUUUGGAUAAUGUAGCUUUUCCAUAUAUGUCGGUUUUUUUAAUGAUGGAGCACGUGUCUUUUGUGUUUGCAUUUAAAUAUUGAAAUAUAAGCAACUCUAUAAACUUCAAAUAAGUAAUUUUUCUUUGCACUUUAUUAUAUAGGUACGUGGUAUUCCAAAUUAAAAUAUCCAAUAAGUGGAAAAACACUUUCAGGUACCAACGGACUGUUUUCCGGGGCGUUGUGUAGUACGACACCAUUUGGUCACUUCGAUCUAUGCCCGACAUAUUUUUAUUAUAGUCUAGUAUGACAUUUGGUUUCUCUAGUUCAACACCUCUCUUAUUAGUGAUUUUACCAAAAGCAGCGUUAUGCUUUGUCGAUAUUAGUAACACAUUACGCUUAUCUUUUCACUUUACCAUAAGUACAUUUUUCUUUUUUCGAAACACACUUUGUCCUUUUCUUAAUUUAGUAGUUAUAACUGAUUUGGGAUUCCCCUUACGAUCUUUCCGUAACGUUCCAACAAUGUGUGUUUUUUGUUUAUAUAAAUAUUCAGCCAGAUUUACACUGUUGUAAUAGUUAUCAAGGAACAACGUAUGUCCUUUGCCUAGAUAACGUCCUGCUAGUUUCGUUACUACCGAUUGAGCAUGACUAGUCUCUUGAGAAAUUGUCCCUUUGCCCGAAUAAAUUAGAAUUUCUAGCACAAAUCCAUCUGGAGUGCAGAGUUCGUAUAAUUUAAUUCCGUGUUUGGUACUUUUAUUUGGAAUAUACUGACGAAAUAGAAGUCUCCCGCGCCAAAGUAAUAAUGCUUCAUCCAGUGAGAGAUUAUCAUCGGGAUAAAAAAUACUCUGUAUAUUUUGGGUGAUGUGAUUCAACAGCUAAACUCCAUUCCACGAAUAUACGACUGUUUUAAAUUCGGUUUAAGGUCUCUAUUUGAAAGGUCCAAUGUGCUGAAUUGUACAAUAGUAAAUUCUCCCUAUUUUUAAAAUACUGUUAUGACUUAAAAUUUAAAUAUAAAGUCAUGAUAUAAAUAUAGAGUUGAUAGUUUAUAGAAUAGUUAUAAUUCAGAUUUUGAAGUAUAUAAUUGCUAUCAUUGAUUUUAGUAAUGUAAACAAGUUGGUUUUUGAAUUAAGUGAUUUAAACGAAGUGUAACAAUACUUAGGUGAUUAACGACCUCGCGACCUCGUGUAAUUGAUUUAGUCGAAUAUUCAAUUAGUAUUAAGAAACCAAAAAAAGCUUACUUAUUUUCUUAUUCUCCUAAUCUCCUAAGACUAUCAUCAACCAUCAGAUUCACAGAACUUCGCCAUAGGAAAGUACAUAUAAAGUUGUCUACAUCUAAAACACGUGUCGGCGUUUUUGGCUUCAAUAAACAAAUACACUGAACUCUUUCUUAACGGCACCUCUCUUUACCGGACACCUCUAUACGGACAGUUUUUAAAACUAAAAUCAGUCAUAUGAAACUGUAUAUAAAUGUUCGUUACUUUUUAAUAUCUGUAACGACUCGGUACUUCAACUAUCAAUAGCCGGUAUGUUGUACCCGUUACUUUUUGAACUUUAUGUGUACAUCCACUCAAAUCAAACAAAUAUUUAAAACUAACAAAGUGAAAUUAUAGAUCUUUUUUCUAGUUUCCAAACCAUCGUUCUGCCAAUUUCUGUUCAUUUAUAUUAAAAGUAUAUUUCUUUUUAUUACAAUUUUAGUACCUAAUUAAUUAAUAAAAAGUGUAAUAUCAAAGAAACCCGGCACGCCUCUUUGGUAUUUACAUUUCAAAGAAACCUAACCCAAAUAUCGUAUGAACACAUUUUGGCUUCAUAGAACUGAUUGUAUUUAUUUGUAGGACCGUUCGCGUAAAAAUUUUUGUUAUUUUCGGAUUAAAUUUCACAAUAAAUUUUGCAUCUGAACAUCUCGUAUAUUAACUGAAAUAAUUUUAGUGUAAGUAUCAAACUAACAGUAAAUCCAUUUUAUUGGAAUACUGUUUAGACCAAUUUACUUUCAUACUUCUACUUGCACAGUAAAAUAUUCGUUGUCGUAAUAAUCCAAAACAGUCGUAUAUUCGUGGAAUAACCUUUAUAGUGUAUUUUAUCAUCGAGUUAGAUUUACUCUUGUCCAUAUUACAGAAUACAUUUACGUUAUAAAGUUUACGCUGUCAGGGAUAGAUGGCGCUAGUGUCCACUUGUCUAUACAUAGUUUAAUUUUGGCCAGGAGUAGUUCGAUUGGGAAUUUUAAUGUUAUCGCUUCUCGGCCUCUGGCUAAGAUCAAAGUGUAGUAUCUGUUCUUAUCAGCUUAAUAUCUGAUACGCCCCGCAUGCGGGGCCAGUAUAUUAAACUGAUUUUUGGAAAGAGAUGGAAGGUUAAGGGGCUUGCUCCACUUCUAUCACGGGUUGGCCCGGUAUUGCAGUACCACCGGGAUCGGCCCACAAAUACAAAUCAAAACACAAUAUUUGUAACAUAUUAUAUUAUGUUAUGUCAUGUCAACGUUGACUGUACAUAAAUUCAUUUAUCAUAAAGGUCGUGGCAUAAUUAUCAUGCACGUUGCGUUUCCAGUCCACAGCGUUUAGUUACAGAAAAAUAUAAUUUAAAUGGUUUUAAAUAAUGAACAAAUCACACUGUCCGGAAGGUAUCGUAUCUUUUUCUGAUUCCUAACGUUGAGAUAAAAUAUUUUUGACAAACUUGACGAGGUUCGUCUUGUGUUGUAAAGUAUUACAGUAGUAAGCUUUAUUUUAGUCCUCGCGACCUCGUGUUAUUAGAUGCUGCUGUGGUGUAUUUAUUUUGAAUAGGACGCAUGUAGUUCAUUACAUAAGAUCUUUCACUCUAAAUCUGCCAAUCCCCAAAACUUGUCAAAUAACGAGUUUCUCUCUACACCUUAUUUGAAAAAAAAAACUAAAGUUUUUAUAGAUGUAUAAAAUGUAUGUUACAGUUAGUGUAAGCAGAGAACUACGAACGCAGUUCGUAGUUCUCUGGUGUAAGUAUCAAACUAACAGUAAAUCCAUUUUAUUGGAAUACUGUUUAGACCAAUUUACUUUCAUACUUCUACUUGCACAGUAAAAUAUUCGUUGUCGUAAUAAUCCAAAACAGUCGUAUAUUCGUGGAAUAACCUUUAUGAAAUUUUAUAGGUAUAAACGUGAAGUUUUGUCAUCAGCUUCUUUGUAAAAACACAGACAUCUGGAUAGAUUCAAAGCGAUUUCUAAACAUUGUAUUUCCAAAAAGUGGGUGAAAGUAUAAAACAUUUGUACUCCAAUAAUUUUUAAUGAUGGGCAUACUAAUUUUACCCAUUAGUAUGCAUAAACCAAGAAAUGUACACAGCUCAUUAGUAUCGACUGGUGUCCAAUGUUUCAUUGUCGAAUACCUCGUCAAAUUACGCCUGAAUAUUUCGGCACGUUAAGUUAUCCACUCGCAUAUUUGUUCCUUCAAUGAUUGGUCAAAUAUGAAUGCAAAUAUUUCUUACUGCUCUGAACAGUCAUUUGUCUGAAACUUUGCAAAUACUAAACCAAUUUACUAAAAUCUUCGUGCGCAAGCGGCAACCUGCGCGGCAAUGUGAAAGUAACCGCGCGCUAUUUGAAAUUACAGCUGGAAGUCCGUCAUAGGCAGGGGUAAAAAAUAGGCACACUUCCCCUACAUGUUUUUAUUCUACACGAUUCUUCUUUUCAACUAAAAAGAAUUUGGAAAACCUUAUAAUAACUAAUAUUAAUAAUAGAUAAUUAAUAAAUAAAAAAAACGUACUUUUAUAAGAAUAACAUCGAAAAGUCGGUUUGUUUAGAUUCAAGUCAUGAUUUAACUCUUAACUCGAAAUAUAUCAAUUAAAACUAUUAUUAUGAAUAUGUGUGUCAGAGACUUAUCUACAAUAUUACACAUUUUGGGAUUUAGUUGCCCAAUUCUUCUACAGUUUCUCAAAAAGUAACAGAAAUCAAAUUGAGAAAAAACAAACAAAAAUUUUCUUAAAAACAUUAUAGACCAGGGUUGAUAAUUUUUGAGAAAAAAAAUAGCAACAGGAUGGAAACCAUUAGAAAAAAAAAACAGAGAAAUCAUCAAUUACGAAAUGAUUUUUUUUUUCAGUAUCUUAUAUUACCACCUCUAUUCCUAAUUACACUUUUCUAAUAAAUUCUUGAGGCAUUGCUUCCCAUUCAUCAUUAAGCGCAGCUCUCGAUUCCAUUAUGCUCCUUGGUGCAUGAUUUCUGCUCCGGGCCCUUCGUUUAAGCUUAUGCCAAACAUACUCUAUUGGAUUCAUGUCUGGACUUAACGCAGGCCAAUUUAUUGUAGGUAUACCGAUCUCAGUCAGAUAGGUGGUGGUGACUCGUGCGGUAUGACAUCGUGCAUUAUCAUGCAAUAAAAUAAAGGCAUUACCAAUAAAUCCCGCGUAUGGAAGCACAUGUUCCUCCAAAAUAUCUCUGAUGUAACAAUCCGCCGUUAAACCUCCUUCACGUCCUUCACCAGGCAGGAAAACCAGCUCGGUUAUCCCAUCCAUGGAAAUGCCUGCCCAAAACAUACAAGAAACGCCUCCAUAUGACACAAUUUCUAGUAUACAACAUUGAGCAAAUCGUUUCCCUGGCCUUCUAUAGACUCGACGCCUUUUGUCGUUACCAUGUAGGCAGAUCCUACUUUCGUCAAAGAAUAAUACCUGACUCCAUUGAUAGUCGUUCCAAUCCAGAUGUUCGCGAGCAAAUUCUAGUCGUCUUUACUUCUGGGCUUCAGUUAACUUGGGACCAGUAGCUGCCCUUUUUGGUGUCAGGUUGGCUGCUUUCAGUCUCCUUCUGACUGUCCAAACGCUGGUAACCACACCUCGGACCUCUCUAAGCUCUUCUUUGAGAUUAACACCAGUCAAAUGUCGAUUUCUCAGAUAUUUAGAUAGAUCAUAUCUUUCUGUUGUUAUUCGUUUACAACCUCCCUCUUGUCGGCGGACAUAGUCACUAGUAUCUUGGUACCGACGAUACACUCGAAACACAGAAGAUUGGCUUAAAUUUAGUCGAUUUUCCACGGCUCUCUAGCUCAGGUCUUCUCUCAAUAAUGCUACUGCUUGAGCUGCUUUGACGGAUGUGGUAUCCAUUGGUUAUGAAGUUCCGAACUUAAUUGACUGAUGUAUUAGUGAGUUGCUAUGAAAAUUGAUGCUUACGAUGUUAACCAAAUGUGUUAAGUGGGUGCGUGUCGAUUUCAAUGAGUUAAAUCCUGACCCCCUCUCUACGUGUUGCAUUAUUUAUUUGUAAUACGUCACCCGAUUUACCAAAAAUCAAAACGUUUUUCAUACUCAAUAAUGAGGUUAAUAAUUGUAUACUAAAUAUUUUUUAACACCUUCUUUGAUUGAAACAGGAGACGUACUUUCUUACUGAUCAGAACGAUUAAUGAGCAGUUAAAUCGAUCCCUCCAAUAGUACUGCAAAUAAAUUGUACCAAAGCUGCCUUAGCGGAGCUCUCUCGUCGUUUUUAUAUUUUUAUUUUUAAACUUGGAAUAGUCACUCAUUCCUGACUAAUCUUCUAUGCCAUCUCUUUUUGUCUCUAUGUACAUUUUGUUUCCGCGAAUUUGGACGAAAGGCUGUCCCAGAUUAUGCAGCAUAAUCCCCCACAGUUCACCAGCUCUGUGUGAUAUCAAAGAAAGCGUUUCUGGUAAUUUUUAUGAGAUAUUACCAAACCAAUUUGCAAAAAUAUAUGUAUUAAUUUCUUUAUGGUAAUCUUUUGUCUUUCUUUCCUCAAAAAGUAAAAGUCAUUCAUUAAUAAUCUUCCAUCCAUUAUCAAUCUGAUAUGUAAAACUAUGAUAUGUUUUCCUUGCCCUGUAGGGCACUGUAACUUUUUAUACGCAAGUCGAGAUAGGUGUCUGAUCUUAGGCAAGGAAAGAGAGGGGACACGUAAUCGAAUGGAAUUGACUGAAGAUAAAAAAGGCACCAGAAAGGUUACCAGGUCAUAUUUAUUUAGGAUAGUGGAUCUAUAUUAAUAAAGAUUUUUUUCAAAAUUUAUAAUCGAACACUGACAGAAUGAUCACUUUUUAAACAUGAUUUUAUCAUUACAUAUUUUUUAGUUGAUGUACCUAGUGUGUCAGUAAAUCAGUAAAUUGAAGUUGAAAUCAGUAGAUUCACUGAAAAACCAGUAGACCUGGUAACUAUGCGAAAGGUAGUAAUGGGCAACGUACUGGCACCAAAACAUGGCGGUCACAUCGAAACUGGCUUCACUUUUCGAAGGUUUAUUAAAUGAGCGUUACCUGUCCUCUCUCUUUCCUUGUCUAAGUCUCUGAUAAAUACCUCAUUACUGUUUUAUCACUGCCAACGGUAGCGAACUUAACGAAAAUACCAUUUCUUCUGUUGACAUUAGAAGAAGAAACAGCUCGAGGGUAGAGCGUUUAUUUCAAUUUGUAAAGAAGUGAGGACAACUUGACAUACUCUGUUGAGGGCAACAAUAAAAUUAAUACAAAAUGUGUACACGUUCAAGAGACACUAAUAUACUUCGACUUAAUGGUUAACCUCAAAAAAUUACUGGUGACGUCAUAACUACGUUGUUAUAUUGAAAUAGAAAUAACUGAUAAAGAUUUAGGUAUUUCUAUGGUUUAUAGAAAGUACAGUUUUGUUUAUUAUCAUUGUUUGUUUGAAAACAAAAAUGGUUUAAGAAUACUUAGCUAUUUAGUUAGUUUGAUAGAGUUGUAUUUAAUUUAGGUUACAUUAUCUUAUCAAUAAUAAAAUAUUUGACUUUUA